AUGUCAGCUCCACCGACAGGCCAAACAACGGAGAUGCAGGAAGAAGAUGAAUGGACCGAUGUGUCCGACGACAUUGCUGGACUUGGUUUGGACGGCCAUGGCGAGCCUGACGAUGAGAGCAACAAACCGCUUUCUGAGGAAGAGCUUGCGCUAUUACCCAACAGUAGGUCUUUCAACUUCACGAACAUCAGUCCCGUGAUAGCAAGCCCCGACGCACGCCAUUCAAGGUGGUUAGCUGACCGCGCAGUGCCCAUUCUCUUCAGCAACGACCUACCACCAUGCGGUCUACUGCCGCAACUUGCAUACGAAAACACCGUCCACCGUCUGCGCAAACUCUGGCUCGAGCGCGCCCACCAAGAAUCCGCGGACAUUCCCCUCCCCAGUCUCUGCCGUCUAGUCCUAGACGACCUCAAAGCCGAAGAAGAAGAGCUCCCAGCCAGUAGCCAGGCCGGAACCAAGAACCGCACUCCUUGGCGCCGCGAAACCGUCUUCCAGUACGAACUCCGAUGGGCCAAGUACUUCGUCCGGGAAGCCGAGACUGCGGAGAAGAGAGUCACGAUGACGGAGAAGCAGCUCGACAAGCAGGACUUCAUGGAUAAGAUGUACCCGAUACCUAAGGAGUUGAAGAUUUAUGUCAACAACAAGAAGAAUCAGAAGAUGGUGUCGGAUCUGUGGAAGGAGUGGCAUCACAAGAAGAGAGGGACUGUGGAGCAGGAGAGUGCGGGGCUGGGUGUUGGAGGGGCGAAGGAGGAGGAUGGUGAACCUGUGGGGGAUGAUGGAGAGGAGGGUGACGAGCAGGAUGGGCAGAGACAAUUUGUUGAUCCGACGGCUUAG